AUCACUCACCUGCACUCGGUGGUUUCUGAUGAUCACUGACGGGGAGGAGGACUGUUUUGUUUACUAACAGUACUCCUCCCUGUCAGCUCGGGCACACUGCUCUGGAUGGCUAGCAGUGAGAUUACAGUGAAACACACACACAAUUCCCCCUAGUAAAACACUCCCUGCACACAGUUAACACUUUGAUCGCCCCUCAUGUUAACCCCUUGCUGCCCAGUGCCAUUAGUACAGUGUCAGUGCUUUGUUUUAGCACUGAUCACUGUAUUGGUGUCACUGGGGAUGUCAGUGACACCAAGUCAGUCCCCCCCAGUGUCAGAAUGUCCGUCACAGUCCUGCAGUCUCACUAUAAGUCGC